GAACAUCGGGCCAGCGGAGGUAUCAAACAAGCAUUUCACAAUCUUCAGAAGAAGACAGCAAUAUUUUGAUAUAACAAAGUAUAUGUUCUUGCCCGGCUCUGUAUUGUUAACCUAAUCGCUAGGUACCCACCUCUCAUUGAUACCCCGCUCUACCCUGUCUAUGAACUCCACACGACUUCAUAGCGUCUAGCUCAGCACCUAGUCAUGCGUCUCCUACAGUAUAGCGACACUGGUAGAUUCACCCUCACUAAAGACUUUAUUGGCGACGAUCAAAUCCCUCCUUAUGCUAUACUAUCGCAUACAUGGGGACCAAAUGAUGAGGAAGUAACCUUUGAGGAUAUCCUAAAUGGUACUGGCGAGGCCAAGCCUGGCUAUGAGAAAAUCCGCUUCUGUGGAGAACAAGCUAAACAAAAUGGUCUGCUAUACUUUUGGAUUGACACUUGCUGUAUCAACAAGAGUAACGAUGCCGAACUCUCACGAUCUAUCAACUAUAUGUUUCGCUGGUACCGCAAUGCAGCUCGAUGUUAUGUUUAUUUGUCGGAUGUCUCUGGAUGUUCCGUCAGCGGUAACCACAAGUGCAUUUCGCGGCUAUGGGAAUCGGAUUUCCGGAAAAGCAAAUGGUUCACUCGGGGCUGGACACUUCAAGAGCUUCUUGCCCCGGUAUUGGUCGAGUUUUUUUCUCGAGAACGUGGGCGACUGGGUGAUAAGAGUUCUUUAAUAAUACAAAUUAGUGAAAUAACUAAUAUUCCUCGCACAGCGCUUGAGGGACAACCUUUAUCUCAAUUUAGUGUCGAGGAGCGUUUGCAGUGGAUACAACACCGUCAGACCACGCUGGAAGAAGAUAAAGCGUAUUCCUUACUAGGAAUUUUCGAUGUUUAUAUACUCCCUAUCUACAAAGAAGGACUAGCAAGUGCGCAUGCUCGGCUCCUAGAUGAGUUCUACAAAAAGCAGAAAUGCAUCCAAGACUUACGUCUUUCUGAUCCGCGCGACGACAAGAAGCGUAUCGAGGAUACCAAAGGUGGUUUACUAGAGGGCUUAUACGACUGGAUCCUAGGAAACCCGGACUUCCAAAAAUGGCGCAAAGACCAACAAAGCCGGCUGCUUUGGAUCAAGGGCGAUCCUGGUAAGGGCAAGACGAUGCUACUCUGCGGAGUUAUUAACGAGCUAGAGAAGUCCAAAGCCAAGUCGGUUCUUCUAUCGCACUUUUUCUGCCAGGCCACGGACUCCCGGAUUAAUUACGCUACAGCCGUACUGCGGGGUCUGAUCUAUUUGCUUGUUGACCAACAGCGGUCUCUCAUCUCGCAUAUACGGACAAAGUACGAUGAGAGUGGCAAAUCGCUUUUCGAGGAUGCAAAUGCAUGGGUUGUGCUCUCCAAGAUCUUCAUUGAUGUUUUGCAAGACCCGAGCUUAGAUUUUGUGUACUUAAUAGUCGAUGCGCUCGACGAAUGCGUAGUGGAUUUGCCAAAAUUGAUGGACCUCAUCGUGCAGACUUCAUCAAUAUCUCCUCGCAUUAAGUGGGUUGUCUCUAGCCGCAACUGGCCAAAUAUCGAGAAGGCUCUCGACACUGCAACACAGAAGCUAAGGCUUUGUCUCGAGCUCAAUGAAAAAUCCAUCUCUGCCGCUGUUGCGUCAUUUAUCCAGCUCAAAGUGAAUCGGCUAGCGACACGAAACAAAUACAGCAACGAUACACGGGAAGCAAUCCAGCAGCAUUUAACAAUAAACGCAAACGGUACUUUUCUUUGGGUAGCUUUGAUCUGCCAAGAGCUGUCUAAUAUUCCGAGAUGGAAGGCUCUGCAGAAGUUGACAGCAUUCCCACCUGGACUCGAUGCUCUCUACCGGCGAAUGUUAGACCAAAUCACGGAUUCAGAAGAUGCUGAACUCUGUAUAAGCAUACUGGCUGUCGUUUCGGCUGUAUAUAGACCUGUUACAUUAGACGAGCUAGUAGCUUUGGUGGACAUGCCUGACGGAGUUGCUAGCGAUUAUGAAGCUCUAUCAGAGAUUAUAGGUUCUUGUGGCUCUUUUCUAACGCUUCGAGAACGUACAAUCUUCUUUGUCCAUCAAUCUGCUAAAGAUUUUUUGAUUAAAAAGGCAUCUAAAGAUAUAUUUCUUCCUACAAAGGAAAAUGUGCAUAGCAGGAUCUUCUCGCGAUCGUUACAAGCCAUGUCACCUAUACUUCGACGUGACAUCUACAACCUACGUGCUCCUGGAAUCUCUAUCGACCAAAUCAAGCCGCCUGUUCCAGAUACACUAGCCACAGUACGCUAUUCCUGUCUCUAUUGGGUUGACCAUCUGUUCGAAUGUGAUGCUGAAGGCAUCAUUUAUAACAACCUUAAGGACAACGGCUCAGUUCAUAAUUUUUUACGUCAGAGCUUCCUUUGCUGGUUCGAAGCGCUUAGUCUGAUGAGAUGCUUGCCAAACGGUAUAGUAAUUAUUAGAAAGCUCGAGGGUUGGGUACAGGCCAAUAAAAGUCCCAAUCUAUAUGGAUUCAUACAUGAUGCAAAGAGGUUUGCACUCUACAGCCGAUCAGUCAUUGAGCAAGCGCCUCUUCAAUCCUAUUGUUCGGCCCUUGUCUUCGCCCCCCAGAAGAGUAUUAUCCGAACAACAUUUGAGAAGUGUAUUCCUCCUUGGAUUCAGAAAAAGCCCAUAGUAGAACCAUAUUGGAACGCGAUGUUACAAACACUCGAGGGUCAUGCCAGCUCAGUCAACUCAGUAGCUUUCUCGCCUGACGGCAAGCAGGUCGUAUCUGGAUCCGACGAUAAUACAGUACGACUCUGGGAUACAGCGACAGGACAGCAAAUCCAGCCAACGCUCGAGGACCAUACAGAUUCAGUCAGGUCAGUAGCUUUCUCGCCUGACGGCAAGCAGAUCGUAUCUGGAUCCGACGAUAAGACAGUACGACUCUGGGAUACAGCGACAGGACAGCAGAUCCAGCCAACGCUCGGGGGCCAUACAAAUUCAGUCAACUCAGUAGCUUUCUCACCUGAUGGCAAGAAGGUGGUGCCUGAGUCACAUAAUCAGAUGUUGUUACAUACUCUAGCUGUAUCAAACGACUGGAUUAUUGAAGAUGGUGCAAAUAUUCUCUGGCUACCAUUCAACUAUCGCACAGCAGUUACCGCUAUUUAUCGUGGAACUAUUGUUUUAGCUCAAUUCUCUGGGAGAAUGUUCUUUUUUGAACUUACAAAUGAAUCAAAGUUUCUAUAAUAUAUAUAAGUUAGAAUAUAAGUUCUUAAUUAUAUUUUCCUUAUAAUAUUUUAUCGAAGCCUAUCUCUUUUUACUAGGAUCAGGGGAUAAUGUAUUCCAUUGAUAAUUACUUGUCUUUUGAAAUCUCUAGGAAAUACAAUGCGUUUAUAUAGAGCCUUCAGUUCAAUACUUACAUAUUUACCCAAAUAAUGACCCAGUUGGGUAUUCA